ACAAAGAUGGCGGUCUAAAUAGCAACGCGUAGUUGAAACAUGGCGGACGUCGUUCAGGUGCUCUGAUUGUUCGCGGGUGUUUCUGCAGUUAUUAAGACAAUAUGGAUAUUAGCAUUCGCACUUUGCUGACGACUGCUCAAAAGUUAACAGGUCCAGAUAAUUCACCACUUCAUCAAGCUUUUGAAACCCUUAGAAAUGUGGCAGAGAACAAACCGUCUGUGGAUGCCCCGGAAGCUUUUGGACAGGACCUGUACGUCAUCUGUGCAGAAAUCUCCUUCCAGAAUGGUCUCUACGAAAUGGCGAGGGACUGUCUCAAAAUGUUUUUCAUGAAACCGCCACCUGGGAAUCAGUUCUUGUGCAGAGCAUAUCUAUGUCAGGCUCAGCUACUGGCCCCACAGCAAGCAAACAACCCAGAUCAGCUAGAAAAAGCAGUGGUGUAUUUACUGAAAGCUAUCUCAUUUGCAAAGAAGAAUGUGAGGUAUCACUUCCUGGUGUAUAAUGCGUCUGUGAUCUACUGGCAGUUCUGUCGCCCAUUCCUCAAGCCUAACUACAAACAGUACCUGGCACGUGGCCUCCAUCAGGUGGUCAAGGCACUCGACGACAUCGAGGAUAAAGACUUUGAAUGGCGUGCUCAGCUCAUGAUAGCCCUGAUUGAGUGUCACCUGGAUGCUGGGAAGAGGAAUGACGCUGCUAGUAUAGCCAAUCCUGCUGUCACCUUCAUCAAGACUAACGUGCCUCACCUGUACAAAAAGGUGUUUGGGAUCAUUGUGAGAAACCAGUUGCUAGAGUCUGCCAAACUACACAAAGACGUGAAGAACUCCGCAGAACUGGCUGUGUACUACAAGAUACUCAAACUCAAAGUAUCUGUAGACCUGAAUGAACAGCGUGAGUAUUACAGUGAGAUCCAGAGGAUCCUUAACCAGAUGGGUGUAUCCCAGGGCGGGGCUGAUGACACCAACACCCAGAAAACAGAGAAGGGGCGUGGCAAAAAGGGAGGGAGGACUGCAGCCAGCCCCACACCUGGGGGUCGACUGGAGGAGGAUAGAGAAAGUGUAAGGUCGAGCUCCUCGACCCCUGAUAAACCUCGCCCUGAACUUGUACGUAAAAACUCAUCACAACGGGUAAAUCGCAGUGUGUCCAGUGGUGAGAUGAUGAGGCGGAGUCCUUCUAAGGCGGGGAGGCGAACCCCCACUCCUACGAGUACAAAGAAAUUAGCUCCAGACAGCCCCGACAAACCGUUUUUGCUGCUGGAACUUGGCCGGUUUUGUCUCGACCUGGACUUUGCAGAUCUCGCCCAUGACUGUGUGAACCACAUGAAGCAGUGUGUUGUCAAGGAGACUGGAUUCUACCUGGAGCUUGAGUUACUGGAGUGUGACUUGAUGCUGCAUUCUCUGGGCGACAAACAGGAGUCCUACCAGAAGUCUGUCAUUGAUCUGAGGUUACAGGCUAUCAAGCGUUGUGAGGAGACCAUUAUGAAUGCCAUUCGGCAUGGUGACCCAAACGUAAUCCAGGCUGCAUGUGUCACCCAGUGGAACACAUGUCUGCCUCUCCUUCAACUCAACCUGCGACACCAUGCCCGUAAACCCCUCACCCUGGUAGCCGAGGCCUUGGAGGAUAUAGAGAGUUUACUGAUCAGCCUGCGAUGUCAGGUACACACAGAACUAGCCAAGUGUGAGGAGGACCAGGAACAGAUACAGGUGGCCAUGGACAACCUCAAAAAGGCCUUAGCACUAGAUGAUGGGAAUGUGUACCGUGAGAGACUGGAGGUGUCUCUACGCAGACUAGAGCUGAGGUCCCAGUUGUACCAACAGCCUGAGAGACCCGAGGACAUCGCAGCCAUGAUUAUAGAACAGGCGAGAAAGGCCGACUCAGGCACCAUCAGGAUGAAGCGGUCACUCCUGGUCAAAGCUGGAGAAGCCCUAGCUCCAGAUGCUUUCCUGUUAGUACUGGACAGUGAGAGUGACACCAAAGAAUUACUUGAGGACCAGAUUUCGCUUGAUAACAACGAUGUGACGGGUGGUAAAGCACCACUCACACAGAUAAAGAAGCUCUCCAACAAGGCACGCCAGUUCAACAAGUGUGUUAAGAAGGCUGCCGGCCAUCUAAAGCGACUCGGCGAUGAGAAUGAUCGAGAGAGAGCUCGUCUGUGGGGUGACCUGGCUAAGACUGCUCGUAAACAGGAAGUCUGGGACGUAUGUCGUGUAGCUGCCAGAUUUUGUCUCCUGUACGAUGAUGGACGCUGGAAAAAUGUCCUUCCUGAAAAGAAAAUGGAAAGCCCAAAGCCUGAGAAACGACGUGAGGGGGGAGCUAGCAGCAGUAUGGGGGCAGCAGGAGGUCAAGAGUCAUCAAUGAGGAUGGUCCAGGAGUCAUCCAUGAAGAUGGGUCAGGACUCAGCGACCGGUGGCCCUAAGGAAUCUGUAAUGUCUACCCUGGCCGAGGGUGCCACCUCGUACGAGGGAAUGGAGAAGAAGGGGCGUAACAUCAGCCGUCCGACCAGUCCUGAGAGAUGUGUGCCACUCUAUGACAAGGACCUCAUCAGGAUGUUGGCAGAGGUCUCAUUCGUUCAAGGGGAGGCCAAUGUUCACCUGCUGCGAUCUGAAGGGGUGGAACUAAACGACAUGCCCAUCCCUCCCGUGGACAAGAGUAAGCGCCCCAAAGGAUACGUGGCUAAAAAACCAGAGGAGGACCCUGACUGGAUAGAGUACUGUGACUGGAUCAAAUCAUUGACUGAGGAGAGUACCCAGAGCUUCCUGCGAGGACUAGAACUUGGUGUGGAGCUAGUAGAACCCUGGCUGGUGUGUAGUGCGGGGGCGUACAUCUGGAACUAUAACAACCACCUUCUCACGCAGCUACGGCAUCGUGAGGUCAUAGAAAUACUCGCCACUGUUGUGGCUGGCCUCCGUAAGAUAGGACAUGCAGGGGAGACCGUGAUGUUGGUCAAUAUUUGUACAGGCUUAGCAUAUGCUUACAUGAAGCCCUGGAUCCCAGCUGAGCCCAGCAAAGAAAAUCAGCCUGUGUCAUCAACCCCCAUACCAUCUCCCGAGGGGGGCAAGAAGGGAAAACCAGCUGCUGCCGCUGCUGCAAAGAGUAAACCAGUGCUAUCUGUGAGCAUCAGUCCAGAUGCCACACCAGACCUGAAGAAGGCUAUAGAGGUGUGUGAGUACGCCAUAGAUGUGACCAAUGGCAGUAACCCAUUCCACCUUGUCCCCAUCGCCGCACGAGUCCCACUCCUUCAGACAUGGGUGCUGGCCAAACAGAUGGCUCAAACACAGAUUCCAAAAACCCUUGGAGCUGAUGAUGAGCCUUACACCGAAGGUCAGAGACAGAUGACUAGAGCCAUAGUUGCCAUGGAGAUGCUGACAGUCAACAGGAACGGUAUCAUGGAGUUCAAGGACACACCAACCAUUGCUGAGGUAGCUAACUGGCUGGAUGAGUGUACAUGGUCAGACAAGUUUAUGGAGCUACAGAUGUGGACAAGGUUGACCUCUCUGUCCUACAUACAGAAACUCCAUGCCAUUGUUGUACGCUGUAGUAAACGGGCUUUACGCUUUGCUACCGUCGGCACCCAGCCGAAGAAUAGGAAGAUGGAGGCCCACAGAUACAUGGUGGAGCAGGAAAUGCUGAGUUACGCUAGUGGCCUCCUCGGCCAGAGUCUGGUAGACAACAUGGCCGGUAAAAACGCUGUUAGACGUGAGGCCAUGGAGGCCUUCCUCAACAGUGCCAGAUUUGCGAGGAACGCUGACAACUAUGAAAUGGUGAUGACAGCAGCGAGACAUUACUGGAAUGCCUGCAUGCCCCUCGUCAGUCAGCCAAUCGAGAGGGAGCUCUUGCGAGAGCCAAUCAAAGCCAUCCUCUUCUGCAUCACCACCACAGCCGAGUCUGUGCGCAAGGCAGAGGAGAAGCAGGAAGAUAAGCAGAAUGAGGAUGAAGAGGGAGGUACUGGAGCUGAGGUGGCUGGGGAGGAUAAACCACAGAGUUCUACGAUCGGGAGCCCCGAGGACGACCUCACCCUUAGAGCAUCAUUGUAUGGAGUACUCUUCCAGUCCUACGCUGACAAGAAACAAUGGGAGGAAGGUUUGGCUGCUAUGGAUCAGGCUAUCACAGACAUGCCCAGGACCAAACACAGACUUUUGAUCUUUAAACAUCGUGUAAUGACAAAGGCUAAGCUGGGCCGGAGCGUCAAUAUGGACAUCCAGAAGUUUAAGGAUGAGAGCGAGGACUAUGUGGCCCACAUGUGGAGGAGAGUGGCUCUCAGCUCUAAGGAGACUCUGGAGCAGCUCAUAUCCUACCAGGCAGCCAUUGAGGCUCUCAAUAGCGCCAGUAAUGAGUGGCAGAAAGUAGACCUACUGUUAGAAUUUGGUCAGUGGCUGUACUACAACGAGUUCCCACUUCAGGAUGCUGUGGACCAGAUAGAGUGGGCUGUGGAUAUCAUCCUCAACAUGAGGACAGACACUGAAAUACAAAAGGAAAGAGCUGCUGCCCUCAGGAAACUGUCACUGGUUGACUCCAACAAAAAGUUAACAGGCAAAGCGGCAUCAGUGGCCAAGAAAGCAGACAAGAAAGGGAAAGGCAAGGGGUCAGCGAAGGGCAAGGCCACACCAGGACCACCUCCAAAAACAGCUCCACCAGCUGACACUCCUCGCAAAAGUCCAGAACCCCGGAAAAUGGCAAAGUCGAUGGACAGUCGCAGUGACACUAGUAGUGUGUCUGAUGACAUCAAUCCCGAUGGAUACAUACCCAUAGCCAAGCAAGCCAUUAUAGGUGUGCUGCCAAACAACCCCGGUAUGAAGUUCCAGGACCUUGAGGAUGUGAAACAGAUAGACGGGCUGCUGAGAGCGUACAUUCUCCUGGCCGAGAUCGCCGGCCGCUCCUCCAUGGAGUACCACGACUUCCUGCUCAUGUGUCACUCCUUUGUCAUGCGACUUUGGCAGGUGUCCGUACCAGUGACUGGCCCAAUCAUUAAAGAGAUGGCCAAGGCUGCAGCUGCUGGAGGCAGCGAUUCCAAGUCUGACGCUGCAUCAGUUAAGAACAAGAAGAAGGAAAAGGAUGCCCCAGCUGCCCCUGUUAAGGAGAAACCCAAACGUAAGGGGCCAAUAGAUGCCUUGCCUGGAAAUACAGAGGAAUGGGCUGUCUACGACGCUCCAGACGAGGUGGUGGAAGCCUUCAGCAGUGAGCAGAUGAAGGUGAAUGGUAUUAACAGCAGUACCAUUGUCAAGCCGAUGCUGACCUAUCACUACCUGAACACACUGAUCAGAAUGCUGAGGGAGGUUGGUUACAAUCACCUCACUCUGCCAGUGUUCGCCCUGGAGGAUAUCCUGUCACGUAACCUCCUCAAGAGUACCCCUCUCAACGUCCUUAUCCACACCAGGGCUGCUGAGGUUUGCCUGGAGUUAAAUCUGAAGAAUGGAAUCUUUUUCCAUGAGAAGUUGGCUGGACCUCUGACAAUAGAUGAAGAAGACCAGUCUCUGUCCCGCGAUGAGAUCGGCCAGUGGAAGGAGAGACAGAUACAGGUCGUGAGGGAGGAGAUGAGAGUGAAGGAGUCGCUGGCUAAUUUGGCUGCGGAGAGUACACAAAGUCAGACAAGGAAGUCGGUCACAUCUCGUCCCGGCCAGUCCUCCAUCGACACCAAGAGUGAGGAUCAGCCGCUGACGUCUCAUCUGGGAAAAGUGUUGAGUGCUGUUACCUUCCGCGACGUGUGGGCUGACAUGGCCGAACUCCUCAUCAGACAGUGUGGCUACCAAGCAGCCAGACAGUAUCUGGACGAAGUACACAAAGCCGCAGUGGCAUUUGACGACCAACAGCUUCAGGCCCGGACCCUAUUCCUGUUCGGGAAGCUGGCUCUCGCUGAAGCCCAGUAUGGACAGGCCUUUAACUUCUGUCGCGAGGCACAGACUAUUUACCACGGGGAUGAGAUGUUCUGGUACGAGACCACCAUGCUGAUGGUGGAGGCUACGUUGAAGGACUACGAGAACAGGAAUUCUGUGAGAAUUGCCCGGGGUAUUCUGGUGCAUGCCCUGAACGAGUUCCUAAGAAUUGCUGAUGAGCGCCCCAACAGGGUCAGUGUGACCCAGUUCAUCAUCUCUAAAAUGGAAGCAAGAUUGGCUUUUGUCCAGAGCAAGCUGAUCUUGGAAGAAGAUAUGGAUAUUAAUGAACCAAAAGUGAUGAGAAAACUCCUCGGUAUCUGUGAGAAAUACGAGGGUGCCUGUGACAAGCUGGUAAAGCUAGGUUACAAACGAGAGGUCCUACCCAUCAUGAAGGACCAUGCUGAUAUCCUACUCAAGAUGGCCAAGAAGUCGAUCCAUUCAGAAAAAGAAGUCCUGCAUACUUAUUACCUCCAGUCGAUGAGUGUACUGCGGGAGGCUGUGGCCAUAGCAGAGGAGGUGUACCGGGACGUCCAGACUCUGUCAUCUCUACAGGAGUUGCGGAGCUUGAGUCUGCCAAUCCAGCGAGAAUUGGCCGAUAUCAAGGUGCAUUGUGGGACGGUGAUGUUGGAGAUCUUCCAGGAGCACGCCAAGGAGGCUAGAGAGACCCAGCUUGAGGAUAUCCGGAAGGGUUUGGUUGUCAAGUUGGUGGAGGAUUUCAUCAGAGAGACACCGACUUACACACACAUGGAGAAAGAAUGGGUCGACACCACAAAGACAGUUAUAGAAGAUGCCAUGCUCAAGUUUGUGGAUGCUCACAAUAUGGCUGCAGGCAUCCCCAAGCUGAGAGCUAAGGCGUUGUGUGGAAUAGGUCAGAGUCUGAAGGCAUUCUCUGUCUUCUCAUGUCCAAAUUCCGCCACACAGUGGUCCGUGUAUGAGGAGGAACUUUCUAAGCUGGAGAGUUCGUCUGGGGAAGGAGAAGAGGAUGAGGAGGAGAAACCUGAGCUGGACGAGACGUCCAAACUGUUUGUACGCUACUCUGUACAAAUGAAAGAGACAAAGGCUGCGGAGGAUGUGAGCAGACACUACCUACUACAGGCAACAGAAGUUUUAGUCCAGGCCCUCAACUUGGCACUGAACAAACACUACACCGAUUUGGCGGCUACUAUAUCCCUGGAGCUUGUGGAGUGUUGUGGGCAGUAUGAUCCUCAGGCAUGCUCUAUGUUCCUGGCCUUGUACCAGAGUUGUCGUACUUCUUUAAAUCUGGAAACACUUCUGAACAAGGCCCAGGUUGACCCCAUGACAUCUCGCCUGGCUGCACUCCUUCACCAGCGGUCAAAUAUCCUGGAAAAUGACAUCAGCACAAAUAUGUCCAGUGGCAGCCUUAUGACCACUGUCCAGACAUCUCUGGAACAGAACUGGCAGGCAUGGAAGAGACUAGAGGUGAUGCCCAACCAUCUGGAUCUGAUGAAGGAGUUCCCAGCCAACUUCAACUUCAUCAUCCUCCAGCAUUCCCCCGACAAAAAUUUCCUGUAUGGUGCUAUUCUAGACAAGCCUAAGAAUUCCCCAGUGGCUGGAGGAGGCAAGAAUCCAAAGACGACCGCACUACCAGCGGCCAGCAGAGCUAAGGUGUUUGGUAUCUCGGUGAACCCUGAAAUGCUGGAAUCUCUGCUGACUAAAUUUGCUGACCACCGCCAGGCCAUACAAGCACUGCUCCUCAAGCAGGAAUAUGCCCGCGCCCAGGCGAUGAUGAGACAGAGGAUGUUGGAGAACCUUGAUGAGAGUCUCAAACAGAAAACACAGACCCUACAUUUAGAUGAGGAUGCUGAGGAGGAGGCAAUGUUGUUAGAAGAGUUCGACCAAAUUAUCAAGGACAUGGAGUCAUACCUUCAACCCAUCACCACAUUCCUACAGGGCAUGCUUAAUACCCAAGUGGUGACCCCUGCCAGUGGUAAGGAGGCUAAGAAUGCCCCCGUGGAGCCUCCUCCAAGUAUUGAGUGCGCUAUCCUGCUGGCCGACACCUAUCUUAUGCAGCUCCCUCUGGAGGCCCUCGAGUUCCUACAGGUGGAGAAUGUUGCAUCCCUGUCCCGUGACUUUUCGAUGCAGCUCUUCUAUCACAGAUUCUUCAAAGAGGAAGCAGCAGCUGCAGGUGAUCACGUUAAAUUUUCUGCAGGAUCAGCCAAGGAAGCCAACAAGAAGAAGGCUAAGGGACAGGUCGAUAACCCCAUGUCCAGAAUACCUGGACUCCGGGACGCCAGCAAAAAGAUGGCCAAAAUUGUUCCAUUGUCCAGAGAGAUAGCGCCAUGGCAACACGCUGUAGAUACAAUGAACUUCAGAUAUAUUGUUGACACUCACCUGGAUUGUGCUGAAACAGAGGUGGACAAACCUAUAGAUGUACUCAACCGUCUUAUUGAUGAGUACGAGCAGCAGUUCACACCUCGUUGGCUCGGCAUCAUGGGAGACGACCACACCCCAAGCGUCGGAGAGUGGGAAAUAUAUCUCACAGAAAACAGCUCUUUUAUCUUCUACGGCAUGGAGAAGUUCCUGAACUAUAUACCACCUGCUAAACUUACUGCUCUCAACAUACCAGAUUGUAACAUCCUGUAUGUACAGGACCUGGCCCAGACUAGUAAGAGUUUCACCAGACAGUCCAAACUGGACGUACUGAAGAGUGCAAGUAUCCUGGCCCUUGAGAAACCUGUGGAGACGGCCAUGUUGGUCAGCCUGACCGGGGUCAAGUGUCUCCUGGCCAACCAAUGGCACUGUACCCUGGCAGAGAACGCCAACAGGUUAAAGGUCAACAUGAAAGACAUGCUGGAGGGAGGCAGGACUACAGGUGAGUCUGCGCGACUGGUGUUCACGCCCUAUAGACGUCGUAAACCUGAGGAGGACAAACCCGCAGACGAGGCCGAGGAGAAGGAGAGUCACCGAGAGGACGAGCGAGGCUUCAGUGACCGUGACUUUGGUGCCAAGGAGGAGAUGCCUGAACCCGAGAUGUCCUGGUAUAACACCGUCUGUUACGGUCUUCCAAACAUUGUAGUGACUCAGCUCUCCGGCACAUAGUGUCAGCAUCAAUAGAAUGUUUGUCAGUGACAAUCUACGAAAACUGCCAAAGUGGAGAGCAAAUAAAUAAAAGGAGAAUAUGAGCUGAUAAAAAAUGUGAAAAAACACACCAAUAUUUUGAUUGGAGGAACAAUUUAGUAUUUAUAUGAAAAGUGACAUCAUAUUUAUAAUGUGAAUAGCUUUGAUCAUUUGUGUGUUAUUUUUGCAUUUAAAAUUUAAUAUUAUGUACACUGUGAUAUUUUGUUGUCUAAGAUGUUGGACUUCGCUGGAAAGAGAUAAUAUAGUGCUGUAUGUCCGACUGUAUCGCCUCCAACUUUGUCACAUCAAUCUGAACUGAUAAAGGAACUCGUGCUUGAGUUUAGGAAUUCUCUAUUUCAGAGUACCGUAAAAAUCCAUGUAAUUUGCGCACCUAUGUAAUUUGCGCAGGUACUUUUUGAGGUAUUAACAGAUAUACAGUCAUAUACAUGUAUUUAUUGUGAGCAUAUUUAGGACAAUGUCAGGUUUUUUUGAGAGAAACAAAAUACUUUUAUAUUUACUACCAAACUUAAUAUUUAAAUAUAGUGAUAAAAUUGUGAUAUUUGACUUACAUAUCAUUUACUAUUCUGAUUAAUAUAGUGAUUAUACUUUCUCUAUUUCUAAAUCUAAUGUUGAGAUUUGCUUGUUUUUACUUAUUAAAUAAGAAUAAAGUUAAC